AUGUCACCAGCACAUCUUGACCCAAACGAAACUCUAGACUCCUGUAACCUUCCUAUUCGAGGUAUUCAAGAUCACGCACUCAUCGGUAACCUCCGAACUGCAGCAUUAGUAUCUCUAGAUGGAUCCAUCGAAUCUAUGUGUAUACCUUAUUUCGAUUCUCCAUCAAUUUUCGCACGUAUUUUAGAUUCUGAAAAAGGAGGUCAUUUUUCAAUCUCACCAACUUGGGCUUUCAAACCUAAACAAACUUACUCUCCCAACUCGAACGUACUAGUGACAAAGUUUCUGAAUGAAGAUGGUGUUGCAACUUUGACGGAUUUAUUAGUACCUAAAGGUGCUAACAGAUCUGGGAGUCAAAAGAAAGGUGUAUUACCUUGGUUAGUUAGGAAAGUGGAAUGUAUAAGGGGUACAGUACCUUUUAGGAUGGAAUGUGCACCUGCUUUCAAUUAUUGCAGGGAUGCGCAUAAAGCCGAGGUCGUAGAAGAUGAUUCCCUUACUACCGGAUGUAACCAUACCACCAAAGCUUUAUUCACUUCUCAAUCUCUAUCUUUGGAUCUUCGAUACCUUCAACUCAACCCUGACGACGCUCCUGAAGAAUGUUCUGCUCCAUCUCUCAAACUUAACAUCGGUCCUCUGGGUAAUCGUGGUUUACUGGGAAAAGCAGUGACAUGUAAUUUUGAACUUCAAGAAGGUCAAAGUGUCGUUUUUAUCCUGAGAGAAGUGGGCGAUUGGAGUUAUCAAAAUGAAGAACAUGAAAAUGUAGCGAAUCCUACUCCCGAAAGAGCUAAAGCUUUGGGAGUGGAAUUGGGAACUUUGUUAGCUGCUUCGAGUAUCUUGAGACCGAAGGAGAAUCCGAAUUUGACUCCUGCCCUCAUAGCAGCUCUUAUCAGGGAUACUCAAUGUUACUGGCAAGACUGGAUAGGUCGAUCAAAAUACAGAGGUAGAUGGCGUGAAGCCGUCCAUCGUUCAGCUUUGGUCUUAAAAAUGUUGGUAUUUGAAGAAACUGGGGCUAUUAUAGCUGCUCCGACUUUUGCUUUACCUGAACAUAUAGGUGGUGGAAGGAAUUGGGACUACCGAUUCACUUGGGUUCGCGAUACGAGUUUCUCACUCUACGCUCUUAUCCGAUUAGGUUUCACAGAAGAAGCCAACGCUUAUAUGGAUUUUAUUCUUGCAAGAUUGAAAGAUCGUAAUUCCGAUGGAUCUUUACAGAUAGUAUACACUAUUCAUGGUGGUAAAGAUUUGGAAGAAAUUGAAUUGAAUCAUUUGGCAGGUCAUAAGGAUAGUAAACCCGUUAGGAUCGGGAAUGGCGCUGCGGAUCAUUUACAACUUGAUAUCUACGGUGAAUUGUUAGAUAGUAUCUAUCUAGCUCAGAAAUAUAGUAAACCACUUAGUUGGGAUAGCUGGGUAGCAGUGAGACAGAUUAUCGAUUUUGUUUGUACUCAAGUGGAUGAACCUGAUCUGUCCAUUUGGGAAGUGAGAGGUGCUAAAAAGAACUUUUUGUAUUCCAAAGUUAUGUUGUGGGUCGCCAUCGACCGUGGAAUCCGUCUGGCAGACAAACGAUGCCUUCCUUGUCCUAACAGAGCCAAAUGGUUGGAAUCGCGUGAUAGGCUAUACGAGACUAUCCAAGAGAAAGGUUUCAAUAAGAAAAUGGGAGCUUUUAUUCAAUCUUAUGAAGAUACGGAAACUUUGGAUUCUGCCGUUCUCAUCAUGCCACUCGUCUUCUUCAUCUCCGCCGCUGACCCGAGGUUCACAUCAACACUGGAAAACAUACUCAAAAAACCGGAAAAAGGAGGUUUGACAGCUAACAACAUGGUUUAUCGUUAUAACACUUCUACUUCUGAUGAUGGUGUGGGAGGAGAAGAAGGAGCUUUUUCGUUAUGCACUUUAUGGUGUGUUGAAGCUAUGACCAGAGCUGGGGUUUAUGAUAGAAAGUAUUUGGAUAAAGCCGUUCACAUGUUUAUGGAUUUCCUUGGAUAUGGGAAUCACGCAGAAUUAUAUUCGGAAGAAAUAUCAAGAGGAGGUGAAGGGUUAGGUAAUACCCCUCAAGCUUUUUCUCACGUCACUUUGAUUUCGGCUGCUUUUAACCUUGACAGGGCGUUGGGUGGAUGA